CCAGUGUUUCUUUGAGCGAGAAAAGCAUCUGUUGCAAGCGGUCCCAAUCCAUUUUGUGAACCUGUGCCAUUAUGGAGGCCCUGUGUCGUCAAGCCGUGGACGAAACCGCAGAUUCCACAUCCCCCCGUACACCAAAGGCUGGUGAAAAAAACAACCUUCCAACGCUACUAAGCCCACCAACACAGCCUAGCGGUGAGCUAUUGCUCGGAAACUCCACCCACGUCGAAGCACAGAAUGAGGGUGUCCUGCCAAGGGAACCUGGUCAAACUUCAUCUCAUCGUGAUUCCUCGGGGACGCUGACACAAGCAACCCACUCGUCCUUUGUGGAUAGCACGAGUCUCGAAAGAGUGAACGCUGCCACAACGGUUUCUCUCUACCGAGGCAACGUCCGGGCCAUUUUGGAACAUAUGUGUGGAGCUGUUUUGGGCCUGGGUUUGGUGACAGACGAGUGUCUUCAUGCCAUCAUCCGGCGCAUUUUUCGCUGCAUAAUAACCCAGCUGGCUGAAUCGUUGGCUGAAGCUGGAUCAGUCGGUAGGGAGCGUCUCCCACUGGCGGAAGCAUCCCAGUCACCCCCAAAUGUGGUUGCGAACCUGCAAAGCACUCGGGUAACCAUCGCUUCAAUACGGACUGAUGAAGGUCAUUGUUCAACCACUGCUGAACAAGCUGGGCUUUCCUCAAGUAGAGCCACUCAUUCACCUUUCCAUGCAACAAAGGACGAUGAAAUAGGAUCGGUAAUGCGAGUUGGUUGCCUCUUGGAAGCACUAAGUGAUCGGCUUGCUGGACAGCUGGAGCAAGAAGUGGGGCCCUCCGAGAUCAUUGCAAGCUCACCCGCAGGCGCCACAGUCGAGACCUUGGUGCGCUUCACUGCAUUACACCCUCGGAGCACAAGGCAUCGUGGUGCUGCACCAAUACAAGUGAACACUCUCGAAGACACCGACAUGAUGCUGCUAGAGAACUGCGGCGUCAGCUUCACGAUUGACGAGCCAGACGCCAUCGCACCGCCUUCUGGUGCCCCAGAACACUCAAUUCACGUAGCUGCAUGGGAGGCGCUUAUGGGAGCAGCGUUGACCGUGCACCAUUGCCUCUAUUCCUUGGCGCUGCAUAUUUUUGCUCACGACUCCUUCCAUGGGUACUUCUACGAGGAAUUCGGUUUCAUUGAUGGAAUCGCGAUGAUCACUGUUCAAGUGCCUGUGAUGGAAGACCCCUGCAAUGAGUUCAUGCUGCCCUGCCUGCAGUACUUGCUUCGAAUGAACAAUUCUGAAUAUCUACCAUCCAAUGAGAGGUUCACCACGAUGCUCGCGCACGCAGCUCUUCCAGAAUUCAAUGAUAGCAGGUUUAUCCGCAUAUUGGAAGCAGCAAUGGACAUGCCAUUUCUACAGGAGAUUGAAAUAUUCUUCGGCCACAGUGGGGCAGCAAUGCCGCUUGUACACAAGGAAUGGUCGCUACAGCUGAUACGCCACGCCCCUUCCCAACUGCGUAGGUUGACUUACGAAGUUGACAGAAGCUUAGCUGAGUGCCUGGAAUGCGAUUGUGACAAUUCUUCCACUGUGCAGAAAUCAGUAGUUAUCAACAAGGGUGUACCACUUCCUAUGCUACUCGCACACCGGGAACUCACGGGUUGUGCGACAAACCAGGCGCGGUACCAAAUUACGGUUACGCCCCAGACGUCGCAGCACAAUACGUAUAUCAGCGUUCAAGCAACGGUGCGCAUGCCCCCAAACAAUUAGCCACGAUUACUUCCCUUAAAACUUCAUGAAGUUUUCUUUGUGUUCACCUAACAUAAAUUGCAUUUUUCUUAAUUCUUGGCAUUGUGGAUGACAAAAUCCGUAAAGAAGAAUUAUCUGCUCGAGCAGAUGUUCCGACAAGUAGACUUGCCCUCUUCAAGGCUAGAGAUGCAUCAACUUUAUCUAUAAAGAGCACAAGUAUACUUCUCGAGACAUCGGCUCGAGCACACCCAGCCCCUGUUUACCCAUUUUGCACCGCAAGCUUCCAAUUGCCCUUCGCAUUUUCUGGGAGUUGUAGGUGAUUGCUAACUCUAUCAUGGACCUUUGUGAUAAGCGUAUUUGAAAUCCGAAGAAAUAAAAACCGCUUCCACAUCAAUAA